AAGGGAUUGGCUUGUGUGUGAUCUGAGCUUGGAAGGCAGAUGAAAUGCCAGGUCCGCUCUGCCUCUGGGGACAACCGGGCUGCCUUACAAUAAUGGGAACCAACGCUCGCUCGGCUCGGGGGCAAUAAUAUCCAAUUCAGCGUCAGGAGAACACACGCUCCACCUUUUUCUCUCCAUCUGCUGCUCUGGUGUGGUCUGGUACCUUCAUGUGGAGGCUGCUGGUGGGCUCUCUGUCACUCCCCCGUCCUCAUCACCCAGCGCCGUCCUCUCAGGAACAGGUUGAUUGUCUAUUUUGCGCCGACGAGCUGCUUUUUUGGAAUCUCCCUCCUCCAUGUACGAUAACUUGUACCGACAUGGAUUUGAAGACUCGGAGGCGGGCUCAGCUGAUUCCUACACAAGCCGACCGUCUGACUCGGAUGUGUCCCUGGAGGAGGAGAAGGAGGGCGGCCGGCAGGAGAGGGAGCAGCAGGCCACUGUCCAGCUCGAGAGGGCAAAGACUAAAGCCGUGGCGUUUGCUGUGAGGACCAACGUGAGCUACUGUGGCGCUCUGGAUGAGGACAUUCCCGUGGCCGGCACCGCCGUCUCCUUUGAUGCCAAGGACUUCCUCCACAUCAAAGAGAAGUACAACAAUGACUGGUGGAUCGGCCGUCUGGUGAAAGAAGGCUGUGACAUCGGCUUCAUUCCGAGUCCUCUGAAGCUGGAAAACAUCCGACUCCAGCAGGAACAGAAGAGAGGACGCUUCCACGGCAGCAAGUCCAGCGGGAACUCCUCCUCCAGUCUGGGAGAAAUGGUGUCGGGCACGUUCAAGCCAAACCCCAACGCUCCAGGAAAGCAGAAACAGAAAGUGGCUGAGCACAUCCCUCCGUAUGACGUGGUUCCCUCCAUGAGGCCGGUCGUCCUGGUGGGACCGUCCCUGAAAGGUUACGAGGUGACAGAUAUGAUGCAGAAGGCGCUGUUUGACUUCCUGAAGCACAGGUUUGACGGGAGGAUAUCCAUCACACGGGUAACAGCUGACAUAUCGUUGGCCAAGAGGUCAGUACUAAACAACCCCAGUAAGAGGGCCAUCAUUGAGAGAUCCAACACCCGCUCCAGCCUGGCGGAGGUCCAGAGUGAAAUAGAGAGGAUCUUUGAGCUGGCCAGGUCUCUACAGCUGGUAGUGUUGGACGCAGACACCAUUAACCAUCCAGCACAGCUCAUCAAGACCUCAUUAGCGCCCAUUAUCGUCCACGUUAAAGUGUCCUCACCUAAGGUCCUCCAGCGGCUGAUCAAAUCAAGAGGGAAAUCUCAAAGCAAACACUUGAACGUGCAGCUUGUUGCAGCAGAGAAACUAGCACAGUGCCCGUCUGAGAUGUUUGAUAUUAUUCUGGAUGAGAACCAGCUGGAGGACGCCUGUGAACACCUGGCAGAGUACCUGGAGGCGUACUGGCGUGCUACACACACUUCACUUAGUACGCCACUCAACCCCCUGCUGGGACGCAACCUGGGCUCCACGGCUCUCUCCCCGUACCCCGCUGCCAUUCAGGCCCAAAGAAACCGCAACAGCAACCACACAACGACAGACCUUUCGCCCGUUGAGCGCCGCAACCUGAUGCCCGCCGACGAGAACUACCACAACGAGCGGGCGCGGAAAAAUCGCAACCGUCUGUCCUCGGGCUCGCAGCAUAGCCGAGACCACUCGCCUCUGGUGGAGGAGGACUACCAGGACCCCUACCAGGAUUCUUACAAGCCUCACCGUAACCGAGGAUCCCCGGGAGGCUACAGCCAGGACUCCAGGCACCGGCACUGAGUCGAGGCCCCCCGCUCGUCUCCUCUCUCUCUAACGGACGACUGAUGAAACUACUGCACUCAUUUGGACUGUAACAACCCUGUGUCGAUGUGUAGUACCUCAUUUUCCCUUUGGCCUCCUGCCAAAUUAAAGAAAUUCACUGCUCUUGCGUUGAUGUGAACAAGAUAUGAAAGUAGCACAAGAGCAGAGAAGUGAUGUUUUUAAAAGGGAAGGAUGAAGCUGGACCUGAUGUGAAUAUUCUUCUGAGUGCAGGUGAAAGUGUGCAACGCCUGCCGUCUCAGCUGUUACUGUAGCAUCAUGCAGGUAGGACCGUGAUUACAGGUCGCUACCUGCCUCUAGCCAGUGCCACGCAGCACCAGCGGGGAUGAUCAGCACAUAAACCUGUUUGCACGCGUCCAGGAGCAGCUAGAAGAAGAAGAAGAGUGUAAUGCAUCUUUAAUGCUCCUCAAGAGUUUGUUUGUCCGCCGCGAUGUUGAGUGUAAUAAGUGGAAGCCUGUUCCCCAAAUCCAGAGUUUCAAACACAUUUUGUUUUUUGAAGUGACAUUGUGGUGUUUCUCUGCAGGGUUCAUACAGUUGCCCCCCCUCUCUUUGUUAUUUCAUAACGCCAUUAACAAGACAGAGAUAUUAAACAUUUUUCAGAGCUCCAAACCUCAGGAACGAGAGGUCAUUCAGACCGAGAAGUGUGCUGACAGAUGUAGCCUUUAUCACCCAUCUGAUGGGGAUUUGAUUCUGAGCGUUAAGAGUUUUUAUGAUUAUAAAAAAGCUAUUAAUAUAUAUACAGUAUAUAGGAACACUUCCAGGACUAGGAGUCACUAGAGUGGUCACGCCAGCAUGUUUUUCAUACGCCAUGCAUUCAUCUAUGAGGGGUGGAAGUGAUAAAAAUGGAUGUGAAAUGAAAAAUGGAGUGAUAAAUUAUCAAUUGAUUGGAUUCAUUUAGAGCCGAUUUGACUAAAACAGUCAACAGAGCCAUGUUUCAUCAUUUUCACCAUCUUAAAUUCAUCAUUCAUAACACCAAACUGACAUUUAUCAUCUAAGGAAAGAGGCCUCAAAGGGGGGACAUAAGACAAGUGAUGAAAAUGCUUACAGAUUAACCCCCUGAGACCCGCGAUCCCGACUGACUUUACUGCCUUUCAGAGGCUCUAUUAGGUUCAGUUUUAGGGCUAGAGUGAAGCUACAGAUAUCAUAUGAAACUGGAAAACCAUUGGUA